UGCCCAGGCCCAGAGAGAGAGAGCGCAAAGCGCACUCGUCACCGUUCACUUCCUUGGGCACGCCGGUGACGGAAUUUAAAACACCCGUCUGUCUCUACAGCACUAUCUCCAUUUUCUGAGCUCAAAUUCUCGGUUUCGAAUCGAUUCUGAGCCUUUCGUGUCCUACUUUCCGAGCUUUCUAUGAAUUUUUAGAUGUAAAAUUUGAUGAAAUUUUCCUUGGUGUGAGUAUCAAGAACGAGCAACCAGGGUGCAUUCUCUAGGUUUUUAGUUGGACAAAAUGGAGGCACGCCCUGCUGUAUCCAUUCGAAGAUCAGGUGCAAAUCAGCUCAGUAGCAUGGGGAUUUCUGGAACACUGUCUUCAUCUUUACCAGUCCUUCCAACCCCUUUGGAAGAAACAUAUCCUAAGCUACCAGACUCUCAACAGGUUUCCAUGGAAAGAGAACUUGUAACAAGGCCUCUUACCCAUGUGAGUCAUUUAUCCUCGAACAGUGGAGUAGUUGGUCACAUGUUUUCAUCAUCCUCGGGAUUUUCUUCAGAUCUUCAUUACUCAUCUCAUUCACCCCAUGAAAAGCUUUCAAGAAACAGUCCUUUUAUUUCUCAGUCAUCAACUAAUGGGGCAUCUUUACCAUUCACACAUUCUUCUCAUUCAGAACCUCUUGAAUCUACAACGUCAAGUCAUUAUCCUAAAGAAAACACUGCUUCCUGGCAUACUGAUUCACUUCCAAGUUUUCUUGAUUUUCCUGUAAAUACCUCUAUUGAGAAUGGUCAGGUAGAAAACAGUAAUUGUAGUGCUGUCCUGGCAUCUGAGGAAUUUAGUAAAUGGGCAGACCAGCUAAUCACCGAUGAAGAUGCUUUGGCUUCUAAUUGGAAUGAGCUUCUUGCUGACACCAAUGUUGCAGAGUUGGAACCAAAGAUGGCAUACCAGGUGCCCAAACUAUCUCCAAAUUUUCAAUCGCACCAGUCCCAAGUUCAUCUGCAGUUUCCUGCUCCAUCUGGAGAAAUUCAUGCUGUUGCUGCCCCCUCUUCCUCAGCCCCUGCCUCUUCCUCAGCCCCUGCAAAGCCACGCAUGCGUUGGACACCAGAACUUCAUGAAGCCUUUGUGGAGGCAGUCAAUCAACUUGGUGGUAGUGAAAGAGCUACUCCAAAGGGUGUGCUGAAGAUCAUGAAAGUUGAAGGGUUAACAAUCUAUCAUGUGAAAAGCCAUUUGCAGAAAUAUAGGACAGCCAGAUACAGACCAGAGUCGGUAGAAGGAUCCUCUGAGAAAAAAUUGACUCCUAUAGAAGAAAUGUCAUCUCUUGACUUGAAAACAGGUAUUGAGAUUACUGAAGCUCUGCGGUUGCAGAUGGAAGUUCAGAAGCGGCUUCAUGAACAGCUCGAGAUUCAAAGAAAUCUACAGUUGCGUAUAGAAGAACAAGGAAGAUGCCUCCAAAUGAUGUUUGAGAAGCAAUGCAAGUCUGGUAUUGACAAGCUGAAGGCACCAGCAUCCACUUUGGAGAACCCCUCUGCUGCGUCUUCCGAUGCAGUACCGGGUUCCCCUGACAAAAGCGAACCGGAAGCCUCCCAGGUAGACCACGGUAAAACAAUAACUGAUCCAGGUAGUGCCAACACUAGGAUGGAAGAAAGUUCGCCGGAGCAAAAGGCACCUGAAACUAAAGCUCCUCAGAAUUCUGAGCCCGAUGCUUGUGAAGCUAAUUCUCAACCCUCAAAGCGUCCAAGAAAGGAUGAAUAGCCCAUAUUCAUCGGCCAAAUCAGCAUUGGACUGAGAAGAGGUUACUUAUUAAUGGAAAAUAUUAUUCUUGAGAGACAUAGCUGACUGAUGGAUAGAGCUUUGGAACUGGAGCUGGGGUUCCUCUCUUGUCUUUCUAUUAUAUCAUAUGAUUCUCAAGGACAAUUUGCAUGUGCAGUAACAAAGUUGAGUCAAGUUUUGAUCAUAAUUUUCUUCAACCGUACAAAUCCUCUCAUUUGUACGCUUUAAGUUAAGCAAGGAUGAAGACGCAUAAAGAAUUGUUGCAAGAAUCCUGCUGAUUAUGCCUGCAUGGGAGUCUAUUUUGCAGUAAAAAUCUGUGGCCUCAGUUUUAAGCUAUCAAGAAUCAAUAAUCAUUUCACUCC